AUGGCAAUCGAUAUUCCCACCUUUGCCUCGACGCAGAUUUCGCUUCUGGCGGCGGAGCUCCAAGCUGAAGUGGACGAGACGUCGAUGCUAGUGUCGCUUCAUAGCCCGACUGCUCUCCAGCGCGCGGGGGUUGCGCUGACGAACCUGGCGGUUUUGUCGCAGAGGACGGGGUUGGGGGGGAAGACUGUUGUUGAGGUGGGGCCGGAUGGUGCGUUUAGUUGUUCGGGUGAUUUGCCCGAGCAUGGGAUUCGAAGUGGGGAUAUUGUCUUGCUGGCUGAGCAGCCGGCCGCCAGUGGGAAGAAGAGGGAGGUGAAGGAGUUGGAACGGAAGGGGGUUAAGGGGGUUGUGACGAGGGUGGGGAGGCAGGGUUUGGGGGUUGCUGUUGAGGAGGAUGGGGAGGGGGAGGGGGAGGUGGUGGGGGGGGAUAGGAGGGUUUGGAUUGUUAAGUUGGCUGAUGAGGUGACGUGGAAGAGGAUGAAUGGGACGAUGGAGAAGAUGGCCAAGAUGGCGGAGGGGGAGUACUCUUAUUUUAUGAGGGUUCUCUUUGGCCUGACCACACCUUCGCCUGUUCCAGAGGAUUUGAGCAAGGAUGAAGAGGUGGGAGAAGGAAAGAUAAAGUGGUUUGAUACCAGUUUGAACGAGUCGCAGAAGGAUGCUAUUAGGUUUGCGUUGAAGAGUCAGGAGAUUGCUCUUAUUCAUGGCCCGCCGGGGGUAAGUUUCUUUUUUUUUCUUGUUUUUUUCCCUUUUCCCUUUUUAUAUACCAACUUACCCCCCAAAAAGACAGGGAAAACCCACACCCUAAUCGAACUAAUCCUCCAACUCCUCGCCCUCAACUCCAACUCCCGCAUCCUCGUCUGCGGCCCCUCCAAUAUCUCGGUAGACAACAUCGUUGAGCGCCUCUCCCCGCACAAAAUCCCCUUGAUCCGCCUCGGCCACCCCGCCCGUUUGCUGCCCUCCGUCCUGAACCACUCUCUCGACGUCUUGACUCGCACCAGCGAGGCGGGGGCCAUCGUCAAGGACGUCAGGGCCGAAAUGGACGCCAAGCAAGCGUCUAUUCGAAAAACCCGCUCCGGGAAGGAGAGGAAGGCCAUCUACGCUGAUUUGAAGGAGUUGCGCAAGGAGUAUAGACAGCGAGAGAAAAAGUGCGUGAGUGAUCUCGUUGCCAAAAGCAAAGUCGUGCUCGCAACGCUUCAUGGCUCAGGGGGGUACCAAUUACGAGACGAAAAGUUUGACGUGGUGAUUAUUGACGAGGCGUCGCAGGCGUUGGAGGCGCAGUGUUGGGUUGCGUUGCUGUCAGCUAAGAAGGCAAUCUGUGCUGGUGAUCAUUUGCAGUUGCCGCCGACUAUCAAAAGCUUGAACUCUUCUUCUUCUUCUUCUUUUUUUUCUUCUUCAAAGACUUCUUCAAAGAAUUCUUCUACCUCUGGGGAGAAGAAGACUGCAAAGACCAAGAAAGACACCGCCGCGAGCAAUACCCCCCCAACUAUCCCGAAAGGUGCCACGUUGGAAACGACAUUGUUCGACAGGCUCCUCUCCCUCCACGGGCCCAAAAUCAAAAGGAUGCUCACCACCCAGUACCGGAUGCACGAAUCUAUCAUGCGGUUCCCUUCUGAUGAGCUAUAUGAAGGGAAGCUGAUUGCUGCGGAGGGGGUCAAGGCUAGGUUGUUGAACCAGCUGCCUGAUGUGAGGGAUGUUGAUGAGACGAGGGAGCCGUUGGUUUUUAUUGACACCCAGGGCGGGGAUUUUCCGGAGAAGACUGAGGAUGAGGAGGAGGAGGAGGAGAAGAAGAAGAAGGGAGUGACGAAGAGGAGUUUGUAUGGGGAUAGUAAGAGGAAUGAGGGGGAGGCGAUGUUGGUGAGGGAGCACGUGAGAUGUUUGGUGGAGGACGGGGGGGUGAGGGCCGAGGAUGUGGCGGUUGUUAGUCCGUAUAAUGCGCAGGUAUGUUUCUCUCUCACUUCUAUCCAAGCGGUUACAUUGGAGCUGCCAGGCACUGAUAGGACGACCAUGAGAUCAUUUGUCAUCGCUACCAGCAAACAACACCCCUCUCUUUCCUUCUCUCCUUCCAGAAUCCGGGGCCGAACAUGGACGAGGCUCGCCCUCCUGGCCCCCCUCAAAGAGCAAUACCCCGGCAUAGAACUCGGCUCAGUCGACGGGUUCCAAGGCCGGGAAAAAGAAGCAGUGAUCGUCACGCUUGUGCGAAGCAACUCGGACGGAGAGGUCGGUUUCCUUGCCGAGAAGAGAAGACUCAACGGUACGUUUAUUCUAUUUUAUUCUGGCGGAUUAGUUCGGGUAGAGAUGGGCGUCAAUGCGAGGGUGGCCAUGACACGGGCAAAGAGGUCGUUGACUGUGAUUGGGGAUUCGGAGACGGUCAAGAAAGGCAGCAAAUUCCUCAAAAAGUGGAUGGAGUUCUUGGAAGAGAAUGCAGACUUGCGCUAUCCGGACCUUGCUUCUCUCACGGCUGCUGCGGCUGCUGCUGCGAAGGCAUGA